CAAUAACCCUCCUCCUAAAAACAAUGAUAAUAACCCUCCUCCUGAUAACAACGGCAAUAGCCUGGAUAGCAAGGCGAAAGAGGUUGUUGAUGAAAAGGCAAGGCAAAGGAGAUUGUUGAUAAAAAAGGCAAGACGAAAGAGGUUGUUGAUAAAAAAGAAAGGUGAAAGAGGUUGUUGA